CAGCAGGCAAAAAAAGCUUACUAAAGACUAUAUAAUAUAUCAUAUAUAUACACACACAUAUUAUAUAUAUAUAUUCGUUGCCACGACUGAAAAACAGCAGAUAAACAGAAAAGCUUAUUAUAUAUAUAUAUUAUAUAUAUAAUUUUUGGUUCGUUUAGACUUGUGGUCUAAGUUGGAAAAGAAGAUCAACGAUGGUCUCGUCGGCGAGAGUUGAUAUGUCACCGACGUUUCUGUCACCAGCCGCGAUCUUCCUUAAUAUACGCCUCAUAAUUUUACCUGAUCUCGUCUUUGGCAAGCCAGGUGCAUGUUGAAUAACAUCCGGUUGGGCGAAAGGUCCAAUCUUUUCUCGCACUGUUUAAAGAAUGUGCGUUCUAUCAUUACUUACAUAUGUAUAUAUAUAUAUAUAGGAAUAUGGUAUGAAAAAAAUCAAAUGAUAAAUUAAAUGUAUAUACAUAAUAAAUAAUAUGGAGAAUAAUUUGUAUGGUGUUAGUGAUGGAAAAAGGAAAAAAGAAAUGAAAGAGAAGAAGAAGGAAGAAUGAUAUUACGAUAAGAAUAUUACGAGGAACUCACCUCUUUGCUUAAUUUCGUCCUGUAAUUUCUUUUCAAAUUUGAUACCUUCAUUAGGUGUAAUAAAACAAUAAAGACAUUGACCUUUCACAGGAUGAUUUUUGCUAACUACGGCGGCUUCGGCAAUCGACGAAUGACUUGUUAAAACACUUUCUACUUCUGCCGUAGACAUGAGAUGCCCAGAAACAUUCAACAUGUCAUCGAUACGGCCAAUUACCCAUAGAUAACCAUCUGCGUCUCGUCUGGCACCUAUGAGAAAAAAUCAAAGUACUCAAUAGAAUUCGAAUUACGAUAAACUUCGCGUUUUCUAAGCAAUUAGAACAAACUCAUUUUGACAGUCAAUUGUUAACGGAACCUGCCAAUCGAUCCAACGCGUUUUCUCUUUAAAUUACAACAAAAAAAAAAAAAAAAAAAAAAAAAAAAAAAAAAAAAAAAAGAAAUGCAUUUAAUUGAUAACAUGUGAUCAUUCCAAAAAAUUCAAAUUUCAUUCAGAUCAAUUGCGAAAAUUAUCAAAAGUGUCUGAUGCACUGUGCUCGUACCAUAACGAUCGAUAAUUAUUUAAAGGCGUGAGGAUUCGAAGGUUAAGAAUAAAAAUAAGAUGCCGAUUCAGAAGGUGAAGGCUCGUCAGAUAUUCGACUCAAGAGGAGAUCCUACUUUAGAGGUCGAUCUGAUUACGGACAUUGGUCUGUUCAGAUCGUCUGUACCUAGUACAUUGGUAAUAAAUCCAAACCAAGCACAAGAAAUCAGAGAUGGAAAUGAGGCUGCUUAUCAUGGUCGCUCGGUCUUUAAGGCCGUCGACAUAAUCAACAACGUGAUAGCACCGCAAUUAUUAAAAUCGAAAUUAGAAGUUUGUCAACAAAUGGAGAUUGAUAGUUUUUUAAACAGAUUAGAUGGUACUGAGAAUAAAUCAAAAUUAGGUUCUAAUUCAACUUUGGGAGUCUCUUUGUCAUGCUGCAAAGCUGGUGCAGCAAAGAAAGGUCUUCCGAUUUAUAGGUACAUCGCUGAAUUAGCAGAGAAUAGUGAUCUGUAUUUGCCGGUACCAUGUUUCAACAUGAUCAGCGGUGGUAGACUCGCCGGUAAUAGUAUACCCUGUGAAAAAUUUAUGAUCCUACCGAUAGGAGCUGAAAGUUUUGUCGACGCUAUGAAGAUGGGUAACGAGGUCUAUCGCGUUUUGGAGAGGAAAAUUGCUGAAAGCCAAGAAGUACAAUUGCCGCUUUCUGUUUGCGACGAUGGUGCUUUCGCGCCACUUCUCGAAGACGACAAGGAUGCUCUGACUCUUAUAGACGAAUCGAUAAAGGAUGCUGGAUACGAAGGAAAGAUAAAGAUCGCAUUAGAUAUGGCGGCCAGUGCAUUUUAUAAAGAAGGUUAAUCUCGAUGAACGUAUUUACUUUAAAUUUAUUUCUAUUAUUUUCUUUAUUCAUUUAUUUCAUUCUCU